UUGCUAUCUAACCGGCUGUUGCCACCCGCCAUGCUUCUGGGGGUUAUACCACACAUUUCCAGCCAAUCCCCUGCAUUACCUUUAACUAGGCCUCUUCCUCUUUCUGGGUCUCAAAUCAAAGCUCCCCCCAGCCCUGUAAUUACAUACUCAAAGCUUGCCAGGCAAACCGAAAAUGGUCGUUAAAGUGUACGGCCCCCUACAGGCAGCAUGCCCUCAGAGAGUACUAGCUUGCCUCCUGGAAAAGGAAGUCGACUUCCAAGUUGUCCCCGUCGAUCUCGAAUCCGGACACCACAAACGCCCUGAUUUCCUCGCCAAACAGCCAUUUGGGCAGGUUCCCUUUGUCGAAGAUGGCGACCUUAAGCUCUUUGGAAUCGAGGGCGAUCAUUCGAUACUACGCAGCCAAAUUCGACGACAAGGGACCGGGCCUGUUGGGCCGGACCUUGGAGGAGAGGGCCCUGGUGGACCAGUGGCUGGAAGUGGAGGCCCACAACUUCAACGAGCCCGUUUACGCGGCGGUGAUGCAGCUGGUGGUGCUGCCCCGAAUGGGCCUGAAGAGUGACGCGGCCGUGGUGAAAGACUGCGAGGGGAAGCUGGAGAAGGUGCUGGACGUGUACGAGAAGAGGCUGUCGGAGAGCAAGUACUUGGCCGGAGAGAGUUUCACGUUGGCGGACCUCAGCCACCUGCCGGGGCUCCGGUACUUGAUCAAUGAAGCCGGGAUGGCCCACCUGGUGGCGGAGCGGGAGAAGGUGAAGGCUUGGUGGGAAGAUAUCUCCGGCCGGCCUGCUUGGAAAAAACUUAUGGUGCUCACCGGUCUUUGAAUUGGACGUGUUCUUCUCUUUUUCCAUUUCUGCUCCCUCUCCGAAUCCUCUAUCAGAGCAGGGCAAGUUGGGUUAAAUCUUAAAAAUACCCUUUGAAUAAAGGCAAAAUACACUUGUGUAGCCAAAACUUUGAAAAUUUAGCCAAAUGUAGUCACUUUUGGAAAAAUAUCAAAAAUAGUCACUUCCGUCUAAUUCUUUGACGGUGUGAAUUAA